CAUAAACAUAAAAAACAACAUAGAACAAAGAACACAACACAACGCUGCUGCAACAUUACAACCAUUAAAACGAUGUCGUUUUCAUCUGAGAAGAAGAAUCAUCAUUCUCAGAACCCUAACCCUAAUCCAACUUCACCAUUGAAGAAAAGAGGAACAAGAUGGUCAGAUUUAUGGCUGAAACACACCACAAAAUCAAAGCCAUUAAAUCAAAUGGUUGUUGCUGCUGCAAUGCAACAACUUCAAUCUCUUUCAUCACCUCGAAAAUCAAACAACAAUAAUGUCAACACAUUAAUCCCUAAUUUCUCAAUCAUUGAUCAAACCCUUUUGUUAUCUGAUGAACUUCUUCUAAAGAUUCUCUCUAAGCUUCCUGAUUCACAGAGAAAUUCAAAUUCAUUAGUUUGUAAAAGAUGGUUGAAUCUUCAAGGUAGAUUGGUUCGUUCGAUUCGGAUUCUUGAUUGGAAUUUUGUUUUAUCUGGUAGGUUAAUUCAUAGAUUCCCAAAUCUUAAUCAUGUUGAUUUGAUUCCUGGGUGUUUGAUUUUAACACAAAGUUCGAAUAUUUUUUUGAGUAGUAAUGUUUUGAAUAUGCAUAUUGAUUCUGGGUCUUCGCCGAAUUGGUUUUUUUGUGAGGAGAAUAUGCUUCCUGUUGAGGUUAUUGAUAAUGGAUUAAGUGCUUUGGCUAAUGCUUGUCCUAAUUUGAGAAGGGUUCAAGUGAUUGGUGCUAGUGAAAUGGGUUUGCUUAGUGUGGCUGAAGAGUGUCCUACAUUGCAGGAAUUGGAAUUACAAAAGUGUAGUGAUAAUGUGUUGCGCGGGAUUGCGGCGUGUGGGAAUUUGCAGAUUUUGAAAUUGGUUGGUAAUGUUGAUGGUUUUUAUGGUUCGGUUGUUUCUGAUAUCGGUUUGACUAUUUUAGCUCAAGGUUGUAAGAGGCUUGUGAAGCUUGAGCUUUGUGGUUGUGAAGGUAGUUUUGAUGGGAUUAAGGCUAUUGGUAAGUGUUGUCAGAUGUUGGAGGAGUUGACUUUGUCUGAUCAUAGGAUGGAUGAUGGAUGGUUGGCUGGAGUUUCGUAUUGUGAGAAUUUGAAGACAUUGAGGUUAACGUCUUGUAAGAAGAUUGAUUUGAAUCCGGGACUCGAAGAGUAUUUGGGUUCUUGUCCUGCACUUGAAAGGUUGCAUUUACAAAAGUGUCAGUUGCGGGAUAAGAAGAGCGUUUCCGCUUUGUUUUCUGUUUGCAGGGCUGCUAGGGAGAUUAUUAUUCAGGAUUGCUGGGGAUUGGAUAAUGGCCUGUUCGGCUUUGCAACUGUUUGCAGGCGCGUAAAAUUGCUUUACGUAGAAGGAUGCUCAUUGCUAACAACAGAAGGUUUGGAAUCUGUAAUACAUUCGUGGAAGGAGCUUCAAAGCCUUAGAGUAGUCUCAUGUAAGCAUAUAAAGGAUAGUGAAAUCUCUCCUUCACUUGCAACCUUAUUUACCACUCUCAAAGAAUUGAAAUGGAGGCCAGAUACCAAAUCACUUCUUCCAUCAAGUCUUAGAGGAAUAAGUAUGGGAAAGAAAGGUGGUAAAUUUUUUAAAAGGACAUGACUCUUAAAUUUGCCAUGUAGCAGUCAGUGUUGUCAACCGUUGAUCACGUAAAAUAGCGGUUUGUUCAAAUUCUGCUAUGUUACAACAUUAUAGUGCCGCAAUAGCUUUAGCAUAUUGCAGAACAAUAGCGGUUUGUUCAUAUUCUGUUAAGCUAUAGUUGCUAUUUGACAACAUUGUUAGUAGUUUUCUUAUAAAACUUAGGCAUUUUCUUAAAAACAGAUUAUUUUCACUGACAUGGUGAAAAUUGUAGCAUUAGCAAUGUGUAAUAAUCACUUUUUUACAUUUAGCUUAGAUGUUGACAGUGGAAGAUUGUUCUUUCUUUUUCUUCCUUUUGUCAGACUAAGGAAGAUGUAAUUAUGUAAAAGUUUAGUGAAGUAAUUGCUGGAGUAAGCCUAAAAGUCAAUCUAUUUUGAUAGAAUUUUCUUUUGUAUCAUGACUUUGAUUUAUAUAUUUAAUAUAUAUAACAAGGCAUUUCUUUAUU